AUGUAAUGUCUUGGCAUUUUUGCAGAUUUGCAACUUCUUUCUAUCCUUGUAAGGAAUGAUUUCGAAAUAAUUGUUGUGUAAUUUGAUUACGACUCCUUCCCUAUGAGAUAAAAAACUCUACUAGGUUUCAGUCAAAGCGUGCUAUAUCAUAGUUUUGUUUCUAAAUUCACAGCUGUUGAUGCUGGAUACUUUGGUGGCUAGUUAAUGGAUUUAUUUGAUUCAUACCCUAAACCCAAACCAAUUUCUACUUUCUUAAGUGCAUAUGUGAUGUCAAUGAACCCAUUUGAUUCUUGUGUCGAAAUGACUGCAAACUAUAUUGAAUAAGAUUUCACAUUUACUUCAGCUCCAAUUCUUCAAUACUAAGAGUUUUAUAUGACCUUUUGCCCAUUAACAUUGAGUAUUGGCUCUGAUGAGUGUUAAUUAUAUCAAUUGAUAGAUUCUUCAGAUUAAUCUAUUUAGAUGGUUUAAACAACUCUAAAAAUAAGAUAACUGUAUAGUGAUACUACAGACUUUGAAUGGUGCACCUUCAAUGAUCAAAUCAGUCUAUUAGAUUACCCUACUCCAGUAGAUUAUGUUAUUGGGGAAGAUGUUGAGUCUAUUCAACCGUUAGGCAAAAUAUUUAGAAACGGUUGCUCUUUUUGUGGCCUUGAAUAUACAUUUGAGACUAUCAAAGUAUACUAAUAUGUUAUAAAUACACCAGACCUUUUAGAUAUAACAAGCUUUUAGGAAAUUUUUUAAGUUGAUCAAUCGUAAUAAAAUUUAAUAAUUAAAACAUAAGAUACUAGUCAAAGAGGUGAAUAUGAAGUACACGCAAUUUCAAGGCAAUAAAACGGAUAAUAAGCAAUAGAAAAAUUUCAAGUAAAUCUAAUGGUAAAUUGUGAUAAUGAUUUUGGUAUGAUCUUUUUCCCACCUAGUGAAAUCACAUAUUUCGUUGGUCCAACCAGUUUAAUUAAAACUUAUGAAUUCUCUUUGAUCAAAGAUAAUAUAAAUGGAAUAUGUGGUGUACUUCAAAAUACUUUUUUAAGUGAUCCAAGGUUUUCAAUUGAUUAUCAAAUCACUUCAACAAAACUCAUACUCAAUUUUUAGGCAAUAGAUGAUUCAUUAUAUGGAGGUGAAGGUAUAAAGAGACUUACCUCUUAUCUUAGAGGAUAAUUUGAAUUUUCUUCAUAAGGAUACUAAAAGAGUCUUCCUAUAGUCAUAAAUCUUUAGAAUUGUUUGGAUUUUGAUAUUCCUCAAUUUUCUAUUCCUUCAGUUAAUUAUAAGAUUGGAACAGAAAGAUAGAUCAUUAGUGAUUUAUCCGGAUGGACCUCCUCAAAUUCUAAUUGCCCGUUGACUUAUUCGCUACCAACUGGAACUGAUACUUCUUUUUCAAUCCUAACUAAUUCUCUUACAGUUUAUCAAGGAAGUGGAUUCAAUUCAAGGACAUAAACAGUGACAGUGAAGGCAAAUUAUAUUGGAUUUCCGAAUAAAAUAUAAUAAAGUAGUUUCACCAUAAGAAUUCACACUCAAAGCUGCAGCAGCUCAGAAUUGACUUAAACAAAUAAUAAUUUUAACACUUUUACCUAUACAGUAGGAAAUGUUCCUAAUACGAUUACGUUCAAUGCAUUUACAACAUCAUCUUUAACCUGCACUAUAUGGGAUUACUAAUUGAAGUUAUAAAAUGAUUCAUCUAUUCCAUCUUUUAUGACCUUUAUAGGAAGUUCAAGGGUCUUAACAAUGAAUCCAACAUCAGCCAAUGUGGGAACGUAUUAAUUAAAACUUAGAGGGCAGUUGAUUAAUAACUAAUAACCUACUGAUUACUAAUUCUCAAUUUAGAUAAAGAAAUGUGAGGCUUCAGAUGUGUAUCUAACUAUAGACCCUCCGCCAACUAAGUUUGAAUACUUUUCUUAUUCUUAAAAUGAAAUUAAAGGACUUUAAUUCUAGUAAUAUUUAGCACCAAGCACUAGCGGAUGUGAUACAAUAAAAAAUACUUUCACCUUAGCAGAUGGAUCUUUAUUGAAGAAUAAGGGAUUUAUCUAUUCUCACUAAGAUCAAGGUUAAACUUACUUGUUUGUUAUUCAAACUUCUGCUUAUAUUUUUGAUGGAAUUUAUACAAUUACAGUAACUGGUAAAAGUGGAAAUUAUUUACAGAUAGUCAAAUCCUAUACUCUAGAAUUAAAUAUCACUUCUUGCAAGACUGCUUGGAUUGGAGCUCAGUAAUUUACGACUAUAUAUUCAUAGCUUAUUUUUGGAUCUUAAACUUGGCUUUAAUUCCCUAAAGAUAAUCGAUGCGAUGUAACUUACACCAUAUUUAAUGUAACUUCUAAUUCAGCUCCUUAUUCAAACAUCGCUUAUUUAGAUAAUGUACAAACUCAUAUUGCAUAACUAAGAAUUGUACCUCCUAAUAAUGUGAAUUUAAUUGGUUUAAGAUGGAAACUAAGAAUUAAAGCUUAGAUGUAAGUAUAUUCUGGAAAUUUUGCUUCAUUCGAAGUAGAUGUAGUAUAUCAUAAUUGUCAAACCACUUCAUUUACUGCUCCAACUAUAUAAAGUUCAUACUCAUAUGUCCCAGGAACAAUUACCGAGAUGAUUUCAAUUGGCUCUUGGACUUAUAUUCAUUCAGAUCCAUUAUGUCAAUCUAUAGAUGUAAUUGCAUAUCUUGAUAAUUUUUAUCCAUUGCCUGAUUUCAUAACAUUUUUCUCUUCACCAACGUCUUUAAUCUUAAAUCCAAUAAAUGCAGAGCAAGGUUAAUACUUAAUAAAAAUUGUGGCUUACUUUGGUAAUGGAUAAAAAAGUGAACUCCAAACAACUAUUACUGUCCAACGUGGCUGCUAGUAAUAUGACAUAUUACUAUAAUCAGCAAUUAACCCAGUAAAACAUUUCAUUUAAAACCCCUUAAUUCCAUAAACUUACACCUUUCCAAUUUUCUAUUCAAACAAUACAGCAUGCGGUUCAGUAUCAAACAUUUUAUACUAUCAAAAUCAACAAUUGAGCUCAUUUUAUAAACCUUUAUUCGUAGCAUAAACCACUUAAGAUUCUGUAAGCAAAACUUAAACCAUCACAAUAUUACCUUAAAAUUCUAAUUCAUUGGGAAAUCAAACACUUAAUUUAUAAGGAAAAAUUUUGAGUUUAAAUCUUAUGAAGUCAAUUGAUAUUGUCAUAGAAAUUACUUCUUGCUAAAUUUAAACUAUUGGAACCACAUCAUAUUAAAGCACUACUUAUGUACUUGGUUCAGAAUUUUAAAAUAUAGCUCAACUAUUAAUACCUAACUUAGACUCCCAUUGCUCCUAUGAAAUGAAAUUACUGAAUGCUUAAAUUCAAAGAAGCUUAUUAUCAACUUAAUUUAAAAUUUAAAACAACAAUAUCUAGGCUAACUUAACAAUUGAUGAUGGAUUCAUGAUUGGUUCAACUUUUUAGAUUAUUGUGAGCUACUAUAUGAUUGAUUUCCCUACAAAUUUUGUAAAUGAGCCUAUUAAUAUCCUAAUUUAAGGUUGUAGCCCAAAUUCAAUAGUCUUGUCCGCAAAUUUAGGUUAGUUUACCUACAGAAUAGGCUAGACUAAUAUUGAUAAUAGAGUGAUAUAUAAUUAAUGGACUACUGAUGAUCCAGUAUGCUAGAAUUGGAAUACUAAGAUAUUGAUUGAUUUAAAUGGAUAAUUAACUGAUGCUCCUGUAUUUUUACAACAUUUUAAAAGCAAUCAAACUUUAAUUAUUAAUGAUAUUACCUAGUAGCAGAUUGGUACUUAUAAAAUAGUCAUUAAGGGAAUCCUAAAUCAAAUGCUCUAUGGAUAUCAAAAUUUCACAUUAUAUAUUGAACUGUUAGAUUGCGCAACUGCUAUUGUAUCAAUUCCUAAUUACCACAAUAUUUAAUACUGGAUUGGAAGUGGAUUAUAAACAUUUAACCUAUAACAAUUCACUGUAUCCAUAUAACCUUAGAUAUUUAGAAAUUGCUCAAUUUUUUACUCAGAUGAAAUUGAGAAUCAGCAUUACCCAUAUUAUGUAGGAGAUUUAUCAAAACUAUUUACAGUCAAAUUGGAAUACUCUUACUCUGAUUGUGCGAGUGCAAUAACCUAUAGUGUUAUAAAAUAAUCAAAUAUGGUGAUUGAAAGCUCUAUUUAGCAAGUUUUAGAGGGUGGGGAUAUUGGUAUUUCUAUCCAAAAUACUUACCAAUUACUUUAAGGUUAAUCAAUCAAUUACAACCUUAAAGCAGAGAUAAUCGAAAAUGGCAAGACUUAUACAGCUACUUUUAGCUUUUAUGUUGACUAUCUUAGCGGGUGUGACAGUGUAACGGUUUUUGCAGAUGAUGAUUUAAACUAGCCCGCUAUUAAGUAUAAUGUGAAAGAUGAUCAAAAGAUUAUAGAUCUUAGUGGACAUUGGUCUAUUCCUGCUUUUUGCAUAAGUGCUGCUACUUAUUCUCUGGAAUAUAAGAUUGAUGAUACUCCCAGCUAUUCAAGUUAGAUACCUAAUUAGUUUAUAUUUGAUUCUCAAACUUAACAAUUAACCAUAUAUAGCGUUGAUUACAGCAGUAAAGGAACAUAUACUUUUAGAUUGGUUGUUGCAAUUUCAGGUUCAAGCAUAAUAACACGAAAUACUCUAAUAAUUGAAAUAACUGACUUUAACCCUGAUUGUGCAUGGGAUUAAAUCACGAAUAAAACAGAGAUUCCAAUAAGUAAAAAUUAUUUUAUUAGCGAUCCCCCAAUGCUGAUUGACUAUAAUAUUCUCAACGGAAAAAUCAAUUUAUACUGUGGAGUAAUCUAUACAUUGAUCUCUUCAAAUAUGUCAGAAGGAUUUUAAGAUGUUUAGACUAGUAAAUAACUUAUAAUUUAGACUGCUAAUAUAAAUCUUGUUGGUGCUUAUGAAAUAGUAUUCAAAGGGGCAUUCCAAGAUAAUCUUCCAGUUUGGAUGACAUUCAAUAUUAUAAUAAACAUCAUUCAUCCUUAUCAAUAUUCAAUUUAAGAUAAAGUCUCAAACGAUUUCCCACAUUAUGGAUUAUCAUUACUUAACAAUUAUUUAGGGGUUAAUCCAUUAAAUCCAUAGUAAUUCAUUGGAUAGAGUUUUAGCUUUUAUCUUAUUGGAGAGGUUCUAUAGUAUCCUGCUAAUAAAGCUCAAUAGGAAAUAAAAAUUAGUUUUGUAGAGGAUUGUAGUUAAGCUACCUUAUCACCAGGGAUGAUAGAGAAUUAAGUUUUUAAAGUAGGAUAAGAAAAUAUUUCUUUAAAUAUUCCAUUUACUACUGAUCCAACUUCCUGUGCAUUAAUCACCAAUUUUGAAAUAAGACAAGAUAUUAAUGAAGAGACAAAUUUUGUCUCUGUUACAAGUGAUAGAUAAAUAACUAUUGGAGGAGCUAGCAUUUUAGAUAUCAAUGAAUACUUUAUCUAAGUUUUUAUGACUAUAACUGAUUCAAAUUUUAUUGACUUCAUAUCAUUCACACUGAGCAUUAUUGAUCCUUGUGCUGUUGCUAAAUAAUUCCCUGCUGAUCAAAACAAUUUAGAAGUUUUGAUUGGAGGAGAAACUAUUGCUGAUAUUAUUCCAUUUACUACUGAUGUGACUAAUUCUCAAUGCCAGAGUUUUAGUUACUAGCUAGAUUUUGCUGAUUCUACUGAUCCCUCUAAUUAUCUACUCCAAUUUGAAGUUAAUCCUUAAUAAUUGAAAUUCUUUGUUUAAGACUACUAAGCUUAAGAUUUGAAAUUUUAGUUAAUACUCAGAGGAUUUUUGCCUGGACUAGAUCCAGUAGAGACGACAUUCUUUGUAACAGUAAAGGUUAACUGUGCUAAUUAAUAAAUGACUUUAGCAAGUUCAGUUGUUGAGAAAAUAAUUUAUACUGUAAAGGACUCUACUAUUGAUGUAGAUUGCUCUUCUAAAUUUAAAUUGAAUUUCAAUGGAUGUGGAGAUGUUUAGUAUAUGUGCACCUACUCUAAUGAUAAUCCUUGUGACAAUGAGGUUGAUGGUAGUCAACUUCAAUCAUGGAUAUCAUUUUACAAUCAAAGCACAUAAAUCUAUUUACUGGUUUCCAAGGAAGCUACUCUUAACAUUCUUUCACUACUAGUAAAAGUAAACAUUGGAUAAAUUGAAGCAACUAGCCAAUUUACAAUAAUUCUUGUAUGUCCAAAUCAGGUAUCAAUUUCUCCGGUAUUCCAAAUUUCAUCUUACACUUAUAAUCUGAAAAGUCCAAACAUUAUUAUACCAUUAGAUAGUUUCAAGCAAUAUCCAAUAGUUUGCAAAAGAGAAUUAACUAUUACAGUAGAAAUCUAUAAGAUAAUAGAUCUUUAAUAAAUUUCAAAUGACAUAAGUAAUCAGAGUUCAUUAGUAUAUUUGGACAAUGGCUAAUAGCUUAUUAUACAUUCUGAAGAUUAAUAAUAUGUAGGUAAAUAACUUGGAUUGAAGGUUGUGGCAACAUAAGCAGUUUAAUAAGGUUAAUUUGCUUUCAAUAUAUUUACUCUAAAUGUUGAAGCAUGCUAGCUUCUUAAUCUGCAGUUUCCAUAAAGUGAAUCUAAAGAUUUUUACUUGAUUGGCUCAGGCUAAAAGAUCACUAAAAUACCAGAAGUUGUUUAAACACCUAACUGUAACUAUGCAAUCACAUAUUAAGUGCAAUAUCCAGAUAUUUCUCCUCAAGGAAUUCAGAUAAAUUCUAAUACCCUUUAAAUAACAAUCAACUCUAAUAGCCCAAGUGAUGCUGGUACAUUUGAAUACAAAGUUAAAGCUAUUUAUUCAAAAACUUUACAGGCUUAAUAUUCUUAUAAAUUAGAAUAAGCAGCUAAAAUUUUAGCACCACCUUACUUUAAUACGAAUUUGGAAAAUUUCAUACUAAAUUCUAACACCAUUGUUUAAUAUCAGCUUCCUCAAGUUAUUAAACCUACUGGAAAUAAUUAUAUAAUCAAGAAGCAAUUUGGUGAGGCAUCUAGAUUUGUGCAAUUUUAUCAAAAGACUAUGACUUUUGUAUUUGCUCCUACUUAAAAACAGAUGGGUAAGAUAUAUCUUAUUCAAAUUGAACUUAUUGAUAAAUUGGCUACAACUCUUAUGAGUACUUAUGAAAUUCAUAUUUAUGUGAGAGAUCCAGCUAACAGCUCAUAAGUCUAAAGCUUAUUGAGGAAAAUUAACACAAAGCUAUACGAACCUGCUCUUAAACCAGAGAUAACUUCAAUAGAUUAACUUGGAGAAGUUACAAUUAAGUUUAAUAUGGAUUUGCUGAUUCCUAACAGCUAUUAAAAUUUCAAUGAGAAUGUAAUCAGAAUCAGAAUAAAGUCUGAUUCUCAAUUUAAUAUGUAAAGUAAACAGCAAAGCAACAGAAAUUUAGCAUAGUUAGAGGAUGUUAAAAAUUAAGGUGAAGAAGUAUUCAACUAUACUUGGAAAAUAACUAAGUUUACAAAUAAUGAAAUCAAGCUUUUAAUUGACUUUAAGGAACCUCUAAAAGUUUCAUAGCAAGGCUCAGACUAUCUCUCUAUUUAGUUCAUUAUGAAUGGAUUUUUUAUAAGUGAAAAGACUAAAAAGCCAAUUUAGUUCAAUUACUAUAUGUAGAAGAAAAUGCCAAGGCAAAUGAGAAGAGAUUGUAAUAAACUUAUUGAUGAUAUUAAUAAUAUAGUGCUCUCUGGGAUUAUUGCUGAUAUGGCUGGAACAACUAAAUAAGCAAUAUAAACAGUGAUGCUCGGAAAUUUCGCACUAUAAUUAGUCUUGUAAAAUCUAAUGUAAUUCAUAGUAAUUAUUAGAGCUACAACAUUACAGUAUUUGUGGGGAAUGAUUAACGCACUCUAAAUAAUAUUUCAUCUGCCAUUACUAAGGCUAUCAUUUCCAUCCAAUACCUAAUUUGUAUUUGCAACCUUUAUUAGUUUGACAUAAUUUGAUGUUGUACCUUCGCAGGCUAUUGAAUAAGAUAUUUUCCAAUUUUAAGAAUCAGAGCCAAUUAACGAUGAGUUUUUUAUAAUGGAUAUCUUUAAAUGA